AUGCAAAUCUUCGUCAAGACUCUCACUGGCAAGACCAUCACUCUCGAGGUCGAAAGCUCUGACUCGAUUGAAAAUGUCAAGCAAAAGAUUCAAGAUAAGGAGGGUAUUCCCCCAGACCAGCAACGUUUGAUUUUCGCUGGCAAGCAACUUGAGGAUGGUCGCACUCUCUCUGACUACAAUAUCCAAAAGGAGUCCACUCUCCAUCUUGUCCUCCGUCUUCGUGGUGGUAUCAUCGAACCCUCCCUUAAGGCUCUUGCUUCCAAGUACAACUGCGAAAAGAACAUUUGCCGCAAGUGCUAUGCUCGUCUUCCUCCUCGUGCUACCAACUGCCGCAAGAGAAAGUGUGGUCAUUCCAACCAGCUCCGUCCCAAGAAGAAGCUCAAAUAA